UUAUUAUCAGUCUAUUAAUUUCAUAUAAAAUUGAAACAUAUUGUAAUAUAUGUAUUAUAUAUUGUAUAUAUAAUUGGCGUCAUAAGAAUUGAAUAAGGUCGAUAUCAUCAAGAUGUUUAUCUAGAUGUUUACAUUUGAAAUGGUAAAUAUCAAAAGACUGAAACAAGAUUUAAAUGAGCAGAGUGUUGACACCAAACUCCUUCCCGAUUUCUACACACUAAUACUUAGCUUUUAUAAAACCACAAUAUAAUGUUUUUCUCUUUCUAUUCCUAAAUUUUCCCCCUCUUUUACAUUACCUUCUUUUUUUUCUUAUAAAGUUCAAUGCCUGUCGCUUCACAGUUGUCCUCAAUCAGUCGAUCAGGUACUCAAUCGGCAGUCUAAGAACAAUAUCACAGUCUUAAAGACAAAAAGGCAUCAAACAUAAGAUGUGGUUUUUCAAUAAGAUGUGUACGAGCAAUGUGCGUCUUGACGGCAAAACUGCAGUGAUAACAGGCGCAAACAGCGGCAUUGGCAAGGAGACUGCCAGAGAUUUUUACAGAAGGGGCGCUAGGGUAAUUCUUGCCUGUCGGAAUAUGGAGAAGGCAAAAAAAGCAGUCGAGGAUAUAAAGAAUAAUCCACCUGCAGGAAUUGAUAAAUCCGUAUUCCUGAACAGUACGGGUGAAUUAGUCAUUUAUUCAUUGAAUCUCUGUAGUCUGAAGAGCGUGAAGGAUUGCGCUAAAAAUUUACUGAGAAACGAAGCAGAAAUUCAUAUACUGGUAAACAAUGCUGGUGUGGCAUUACUUUCUUUCGAAAAAACAGAAGACGGACAUGAUGUGGUAUUUCAAACGAAUCAUCUCGGUCAUUUCCUUCUGACGCUUCUGCUUUUACCAAAAAUGCGUUUGUCUUCUUCCGACUGUAGGAUAAUCAAUCUCUCAUCUAUGUUGCAUCUUUUUGGUGAUAUAAAUUUUGAUGAUAUUUCUCUGGAAAAAUCGUAUGGAACAUGGAAAGCCUAUGUACAAAGCAAAUUGGCAAACGUUCUAUUCACUAAAGAACUCGCGCGUCGAUUGAAAGAGGCAAACAUUCAUGGAAUAAACGUAUACUCUUUGCAUCCUGGUUUAAUUCCAACGGAUAUAUUUCGGCAUGGCAACAAGACUCUAUUUCCGGGUGCGCAGUUUUGUUAUAAUUUAUUUACAGCGAUGUUCUGUAAGAAUAUAGUGCAAGGAGCGCAAACGACAAUAUAUUGUGCGGUGGACGAGAAAGCGGCCAAAGAGACCGGAUUUUAUUAUUCAAAUUGUGAUAUUGCAACUCCACAAUGGAGAGCGAGGGAUGAUUGGUACGCUAGGAAACUGUGGGAUUUAUCUUGUCGGCUUUUGCAUUUGAAGCCUGAGGAAGAUUUUACCGCAUUUCUAAAAACAAUGUCUCAUCAAAUCGAAUAA